GCGAGCCGUCAAGUGAUCUGUGUCAAGCUUCAGGGAAAGUAUAAAAUCCCUUUGGGGCCAGGCGAUCUCAAACCCCAGCUGUCAAAGCCAGGACGCCGAGUCAGCCCGGACUUGCUCUUUUUGUCUUCUUCAGCCUGUACCAUGGGGCUCAGCGACGGGGAAUGGCAGUUGGUGCUGAACAUCUGGGGGAAGGUGGAGACUGACCUGGUGGGCCAUGGGCAGGAGGUCCUCAUCAGGCUCUUUAAGAACCACCCCGAGACCCUGGAUAAGUUCGACAAAUUCAAGCACCUGAAGACAGAGGAUGAGAUGAAGGGCUCCGAGGACCUGAAGAAGCAUGGCAACACCGUGCUCACCGCCCUGGGGGGCAUCCUUAAGAAGAAGGGGCAUCACGAGGCCGAGCUGAAGCCCCUGGCCCAGUCACAUGCCACCAAGCACAAGAUCCCCGUCAAGUACCUGGAGUUCAUCUCAGAUGCCAUCAUCCAGGUCCUGAAGAGCAAGCAUUCCGGGGACUUCCACGCCGACACCGAGGCGGCCAUGAAAAAGGCCCUGGAGCUGUUCCGGAAUGACAUCGCCGCCAAGUACAAGGAGCUGGGGUUCCAGGGCUAAGCCCCUGCACGCUGUCGCCCCCACCCACGUGGGCCCCGGGGCCCCAGGGGCGGGCGGGCCUGAUCUCUUGUAGCCGUGUAGACUUUGCUUCUGAGUGUCCGCUUUGUUGAUGAGAAGUGGGCGGGAGAGGCUGUGCAGGGUGGCUUCGCGGGCCUGGGGCCUGGGCCCCUUGUGGAGGGUCACCGCCACGGGGACCGGGAGGAGUGUGGCCCUUUGCUCACUGUGGCCCACAGAGUUCUGGUCACACUUCUCCUCUCUCCUAAACUCCAGCCCAAUCCCUCCAACCUCCUCAAACUCAACCACACCUUCACCCUCCCCUCUGAUCCCAAAUCCAAGCCAUAAACCAAGGCCCGGCCAUAAGAACGCUCUGAUCCAUCACUGCCCCCCAGUGUCCAUCUGUAAUGAAAGAGACGUCUGGACAGAGUGGGCCAGCCACCCCCCAGCCCGAGGGAGGCGACGUGGAUCUGGAACAUAAGUGUGCCUUUUCUCAGCGAAUGGAGUGACUCACCUGGUUUUAAUAAAAGACCCUGCAACAUCA